AUGGCUGAGAACAACUGCGAGGGCAACCUUACUCCUCCUCCUCCCCCGGCAGUAUCGCUUUGUGUCUCAACGUCGCCUCAAGCUCGGGCGAAGCGAAAAUUUGCCGCUCUCAUGGAGGAGGUCGAAAACUUGAAGCAGGAUAAAAUGAUAAAACAAAGGAAAACUACAUAUUAUGUUUCGCAGGGACGAGCACUUCGUAGGAUGGCUGCCCUUUAUACUCCAAUAGAAGAUCUGGUUGCAGAGAAUGACCGGCAUUGUGAAGACUUAGACGGCGAGCACACGAUCGAGCAAGACCGCCUUCAGCGCGGCUACAUUGAACUUUCCAAGGUGCUGCCGUGGUUCCAUGCGAAGCUAGCAAGUCUUGAGUUUGAGGAAUCAGAGGACCUGCUAAAAAAGCUCAAGCGAGGCGCGGACGCAGCUCGCGGUGAUGACACAGGAACUCUAAAGGAGCUCGUAGCUUUAUGGGUCAACAUUGAGUGUCGUCCGUCUUCGCUCAUCAGAACAGACGACAAGCAUCAUCGAGGUUUCGCGAACGAUGCAUGCGGUAGACUACUCUGCCCAGCGGAAUGGCGCUGGGAAGACCCGGUUGUCAAGGCUGGCAUUCGUGAUCGUACGACCGCUUUCAUUGUUUCUGAAAACUCGUGGCCGUCGUUCAUGUAUGAAAAUUAUGAAGCUGACGCCAAAAAUCUAGAGCACGGUCUUUUUAAGUCCAGGCUGUUGGUCAUGGGCUUUAAAGCCAUCUUCACUUCUCCAUCCUCUGCCAACGAGGUGGAUGGCGAUGGCGAUGGCGCUGAUAUAAUCGAGAACAAUCAACGCGCCCGGAGACGAUCAGAUCAUGCCAGAGUGAAGACAUGUGUUGCCUCUAUCAUAGGUAUGAGGAAGGUAACUCCUCGCGCGAUCGCGUAUGCAGCUUGCCAAAUACGAUUCGCGCUUUCUAACAUCACCUCUUGGCGCACUGUAGAUGCUGACUUCGACUAUCAAAUUUUUUGGAACAACAUUGUAGACUUCUUUGAGGAUCCCCCAGGUCCAGCUGCGCUAGCGAGGGUGAACAAGCUUCUUGAAUGGUGGACUAGAAAAGUUUUUGGAAGAAACCAUCGUCAGGAUCUGAUGCCGGAUGUCAUUAUUCACAUGUCUGUCAAUAGUCUCGCUGCUCAGAGACAGCAGAUGGAGGACACCGCAUUCGAUUCUGACUAG